UCGAAUAUUGGUUAGUUUGUUCGCCGCCAGGGGCACUCAGCUGUCACUGUUGCUUAGAAAAAUUUUUGUAGGAAAAAAAGGUGUAAAAUGUGACGCGAGAAUAAUAUCAAGGUGAGAAAAAUCCUGGUCAUUCGCAUCCUCAAACAAGUGUCUAGUGGGUGGUGGUGAAAAGUUUUUGGUUGGAUAGGGGGGAAAGGGUGAAAAGGUCAAGUGAAAAUUUUCCUGUCUAGUUGGCACUUGGAAAGAUGUCAAAUGGAGGAAUUUCAACGUCGACGAAAAAGUUCAAUGGAGAGAAAAGUUUUCUUUUUGUGUGCAAAUGGUGAUUUUCCGCAGUUGGUGCGAUCGUGAGUGGUGUCUAGAGGACUUUGGUGUAUCCGUUGAGGUAUUUCCUUGGCCAGGACGGGCUGCAGAGCUCAGUGAAAAAAGAAUGCCGAUUCAGGCGCCCCAAUGGACAGAAUUUCUGUCCUGUCCAGUUUGCUGCCACGAAUUCGCAGCCCAACUACGUCCUCCAAUAAGUUUAGGCUGUGGCCACACAAUCUGUCGAACGUGUCUGGGUACACUCCAUCGGAAACAGUGCCCAUUUGACCAGACAACAAUAACAACGGAUUUAGACAACUUACCAAUAAAUUAUGCUCUUCUGCAACUCGUGAGCAAUGCACCACAGUUGAUAAGUGAGAGUGAUGUGACGUCACCGAGUGUGCAGUGCCUCAAGCCAGAUGACUUGGCAUGCUACAAUGUGGCAAAGAAGUGUAUUGAGGAGUUGGCAUUGUAUCUUAAGCCAUUCUCCACGGGAGGUAGCCCAACAAAUUUGCUCUCGCGCCCCAUGCAACGAAAACUCGUGACACUGGUCAAUUGUCAGUUGAUCGAGGAUGAGGGUAGAUCGAGGGCAUUGAGGGCAGCAAGAUCACUGGGAGAACGUACGGUGACGGAAUUGAUACUGCAACAUCAGAAUCCCCAGCAACUCAGUGCAAAUCUCUGGGCUGCUGUAAGGGCUAGAGGAUGUCAAUUCCUUGGUCCGGCAAUGCAGGAAGAAGUUCUCAAACUAAUUUUGCUAGCCCUGGAGGAUGGUUCGGCACUGUCCAGAAAGGUUUUGGUGAUGUUUGUGGUACAGAGAUUGGAGCCACAAUUUCCUCAGGCGUCCAAGACGAGCAUUGGGCAUGUUGUGCAGCUACUCUACCGGGCUAGUUGCUUCAAAGUGUCCAAACGCGAUGGAGAUUCAUCGUUGAUGCAACUGAAGGAGGAAUUUCGGACGUAUGAAGCCCUGAGGCGAGAGCAUGAUGCUCAAAUUGUUCAAAUAGCCACAGAAGCUGGCCUAAGAAUAGCUCCGGAUCAAUGGUCAGCUCUUCUGUACGGGGAUACUGCUCACAAAUCUCACAUGCAGAGUAUCAUAGAUAAAUUGCAAACUCCUCAAUCUUUUGCACAAUCUGUGCAGGAGCUGGUGCUGGCACUUCAACGAACCGGUGAUCCGGCCAAUUUGUCUGGGCUGAGGACACAUCUCAAGAGUCUGGCUGCCAUUGAUCCCACAGCCGAGGGUACAGUGCCAACGUGGAAGGAGGUGGCUGAGGCCCUAGAGGCUGUGCGUCAGGUGGUGGUGGGACUCGUGGAAUUUGUCCAGCACUAUGGCAAUCGGAAGUUGCAGGAAACGACACAUUCAACUCACAAUACCAAAUACAAGAUCAGCAUGUGCAGAGAUCUCACGCAACGUGGAACGUGCCCAAGAGGCACAAAUUGUACUUUUGCCCACUCCGAGGAGGAACUAGAAAAAUAUCGUGCUAAGACACGAAAGAUCAACGCCAAAACCCCAACGACGACAAUAAAGGAUCAAAUGGAGUAUAUGGGAGAUGGGAUGGGUCAUGUUGGGCAUCCGUACAUGGGGCCAGAUGAUGUGGUGUCCCCAAUGAGAUUUGCCGGAUCCAAGGCACAGGCGGCUGCAAAUUUGAUUGGGGGACAACCACCAUUUGUGGACAAGAUGAACAAUGUGAUGCAUCAUCCGGGUGUCAUUACCAGUCCCAUACCCAAUCCAAUGCCAGGGAAUGUAAUGUCAGCUCCAAUGUCUAUGACCCGAAUGCCCUAUGACCAUCAUCACUUUGGCAGCAUGAGCUGUCCUCCGCCGAUGCCACCGCCUCCGCAGGGGCAUCAGGGAGGCGCUGCGGGUCCACAGGGAAUGAAUAGGGGCUUCCUGAAUCGUCCGGUUUCGGCUCAGUCGCUGCCUCAUGGGAACUAUUCACAGAUUUCCCCGUCAAAUCCUCCUCCGCCACCUGUUUAUCCCAAUCAACCUCCUGCACCACCUCCGCAGCCGCCUUUCUCAGGGCCAGAGAUGUAUCCGGGAAUGCCGCAUGGGGCUCCGCCUCCGCACAGUCCGCAGCAGAUGCAGUUCUCGCCGCAUGAUUUUGUGGGAAAGGGUGGAGAUCGGUUGGAGGUAAUGAGGCAGGGAAUGUUCUGGGAACAGCAACCAGGUGGUCCGUAUGCACCAAAAUCGCAUCCACAGACGCCGCAGCAUCGAGUCCUGGGGCCACCGAAUCCUCCUGGCGGCGGUGGACCACCGCCGAAUGUCAUGAAAAUGAGCCCCAAUUCGAUGUACAUGAGCGGACAGAAUUAUGUCAAUAACAAUUAUCCGCCGGCUGCAAUGAUGAAUCGCAACACAAUGGCCGCCAAUCAGGCCAUGGAACCCCCGAGGAGACCACCGGAAAUGCUAAAGGACUAUCCGCCUCAAGUGCCGCCGGGAAAUAGUGUUCAGAAGUCUCCGCAUCAUCAUCAUCAUCCGGCUGUGACGUCACAUAUGCCAACGGUUGGAGGAGGAGGAGGAGGAGGAGGUGUCAAUGGAACUGGAUUGUAUCCUCAUCACAAUCUCAAGGAUGACAUCUACUGGAGUAGCAGUAGUAGUGCAUCUAGUGCCAACAAUCCUUCCUAUCACAUCGAAGCAGCUGUAAGAGAUCCCUUCGUACGAUCCGAUUCUCUGCUCACGGAUGACGAAUAUGUGCCAUUUGAGGCACAACCGUCGAGCAAAUUUGGUCCAAUUUCGCGCAUGUCCACAAAAUCUCAGGCCAAUUCCUCGUCAGGGGGACAUCAUUUGUUCAGUGAUAUUGCCGCUGGACUGCCCAGGACGCCAUUCAGUGGUCCAACUGGGAAUGCAUUGACAACAGUUCAGUGGAUCAAUAGUGGAUCGUAUGCAGGGCAUCUCGAUGGGGCAGACUUCAAGAAGGAGAAGGAACUGGAGAUGAAUCAUAUUGAGAAGCAAUUGGCGGAAUGUCGACUUCAGGCAGCCAAUGAUUUGCCUCCUUUUGACCUUUCACUCAGCCUCAAGCCAAAAGCAUCAUCUGUGUCAACAUCAGUGCCUCCAACGACUACAUCUCUGCUGUGGUCUACCAACAAUGGCUCUGACAAUUCCAAGAUCCUCUGGGAGGUGCCAAAGGAGGAGACCCCCACGGAAGAAGAUGAACUGGGGGUGGCCAAUGGCAUCUUGGAGAUGGAGAAGCGCCUCAAGUCUGACUUGGAGGAUGAUGAAAUGCUCUGGUCACAUCCUGGGGAGGCAUCUUCGCCCCAUUAGAGAGGAUUUUCAGCAACAACAACAAAAAAAACUUAAGUAUACCAAUUCAAAUUUUUAAGACAAAACACAUUUUUCCCCCAAAAACAGAGACAAAAGACAGAAAGUGAGAAAGAGAAAGAUAAAUGUGAAAAUGAUAGUUUAUUGUGUGAGCUAGACGAAAUAUUUCUUUAUUUUACUAAAUCCCUUUUUUUUUCAUAAAACACCAUUUUUAUUGGAAAACUUUUGACACUGUGCGUACGAUGGAAAAAGUUUUCUUUGCAAAAGCACGAUACAAGAACUGAUAUAAAAAAAACUAAAAAGUUUAAAGGAGAAUUAUUUUGAAAAAAUUCGUUGAAAAUUUGAGCGCCUUCCGGAAAGCUCAAAAAAUUGUUAGGGUGUUAAAAUAAGGGAAAAUUUUGUGUUUAUUUUAGGAAGAAAAAAAUGAGAAAAAAACAAAAUAAUCAAUUGACAAAUGUAGGAAUUUUCUUUAAAAAAAAACAUCAAUUACACAUCUUUAGGAGGAAAACCAAUUUAUUAAUUUUAUAUUAAAGUUAAUCUACAGUAAAUUAAAUAACCAUUUAGACAAGGAGAUAAAACGGAUAGAGCGAGAAAGAAAAACAAUUAAUGAAUGGUUGAUAGAUGGGAAUUAAUACUCAAUAGUGAUUUUUUAUUGUUCAAUUUCGUUAUUAUGUUUCUAUUUUAUGAACCUUAAUGUAUUUUUUUUUCAAUUAUUUAUUAAUAACUAGCAAUUGCGUGUGGAGUUGGAUUUUUUUCGGCGUUUCUUUUUAAAUUAUUAUUUUUAUCUCCAUUGUUUCUUCAAUUUGUGAAUUGAAACGAAGAAAGUAAAAUGUGUAGUGUGUUAUUUAUAAAUUUAUCAUCUAAAAAAAAUGUGCCUCUGUGAGUGAUAUCUUGUUGAAAUUAAAACAGAUAAACUCUCGAGAGAGUAUAAAGGAGAAGAAUGAUGAGAAAUAUAUUAGAGAUUGAAUAUUAAGUUAUAAUUUAAAAAAAAAUAACAUCUUUAAGACAGAUGAAAUAACGUGAAGAUUAAAUUGCAAGAAAAUGUUAGUGCAUUUUUUUUCUAAUGGAAAUAUUUUUCGUUAUCACAAUUCAAUUGCAAAGCAAUUUUUAUUGACAAUGAACUAAUAAGGAAGACAGAGAAAUUAAUUAUAAUGUUUUUUUUUUCUUGAAUUUAAUAACAGAAAGAAUUUUUGGGUCUUUCUGAAGUGUGAAGUAAAAUUGGCUCGAUGCGCUUUAUUUAACAAUGAGAUUUAAUAAUUUUUGUUUUGUUCACCAACAACACUGUUAGACGAAUGAAUAUGAAGGAAUGUGUAUAAAUUAUUUCUUUGCUUCUU